AUGGCUAUUCCAAUUGCGCGGAGACCGCUGUUCCCCGGGUACUACAAGGCAGUUACCGUCCGGGACCCCAAUGUCGUCUCUGCUAUACAGGAAAUGAUGAAACGCGGACAGCCAUAUGUCGGGGCUUUCUUGUUCAGAGAUGAAGCGGCGGAUAGGGAUGUGAUUGAGGAUAUGGAAGAGGUACAUGAUGUUGGUGUGUUUGCACAGAUCACAAGUGUAUUUCCUGUACAUGGGACCGAGAAUGCAUUGACUGCGGUGCUGUAUCCUCACCGGAGAAUUAAGAUAUCGUCGUUAAUACCACCCCGUGACACGUCGCAGAAAGCUGAAAUCGACCAGCAGAUUACAAAGGAAGCAGCACCCGAAAAACAAGGCGAUGUUGUCGCCAGUUUUGAAGAAACAGCGUUGGAGCAGCUGCCUAAGGAGACCCCCUAUGAACCAACAUCUUUUUUACACAAAUAUCCUGUCAGCAUAGUCAAUGUGGAAAAUCUCACAGAGGAGCCAUAUGACAAGGAAAAUUCUAUGAUUCGCGCUGUUACGAAUGAGAUUGUCAAUGUCUUUAAGGAUAUUGCGAAUCUGAACCCGCUUUUCCGUGAUCAGAUCUCGACCUUUUCCAUGAGCCACGCUGGCAAUAUCAUGGAUGAGCCCGCAAAUCUGGCUGAUUUCGCCGCUGCAGUCUCCGCUGGUGAGGUCAAGGAGUUACAAGAUGUGUUGGAUACGAUGAAUAUCCAGGAACGCCUUUCCAAAGCCCUUGUGGUACUUAAAAAGGAACUCAUGAAUGCUCAGCUGCAGUCGAAAAUAUCGAAGGAUGUCGAAGCCAAAAUUCAAAAGCGGCAACGAGAAUAUUGGCUGAUGGAGCAGAUGAAGGGCAUUCGACGUGAACUUGGUAUCGAAUCCGAUGGCAAGGAAAAACUAGUGGAAAAGUUCAAGGAGAAAUCGGAGAAACUUGCUAUGCCUGAAGCCGUGAAGAAGGUGUUUGACGAAGAGCUAAAUAAAUUGGCACAUCUCGAACCCGCAGCUUCGGAAUUUAACGUCACAAGAAAUUACCUUGAUUGGAUAACGCAAAUUCCAUGGGGUAAGAGGAGUCCAGAGACGUUUGGUAUCAAGAAUGCAAUCACUGUAUUGAACGAAGACCACUACGGCCUGAAAGACGUUAAAGAUCGUAUUUUAGAGUUCAAUGCUAAUAUGACCGACACGAUUCCGCGACCUUUGCUGGACAGAAUGGAAAUGAUCGAGCUCUCUGGGUAUGUUGCCGAUGAGAAGAUGGCUAUCGCGGAGCGAUACCUGGCGCCUUCUGCGAAGGAAAUGAGUGGUUUGAAGGAUGUUGAUGUGACAUUGGAGAAAGAUGCUAUUGAAGAACUUAUCAAGUCUUAUUGUCGAGAGAGCGGAGUGCGAAAUCUAAAAAAGCAAAUAGAGAAGGUUUAUAGAAAAGCGGCAUUGAAAAUUAUUCAGGAUCUGCCAGAGCAGGAGAAGGAUGCUGAAGAAGUCGCCGUUCGAGAGGAGUUGGAACCAGCGUUGGAGCAGGAGAAAAAGGGCGAGGAGAGUGUUGUCGAAGGGGGCGAGAAUCCCAUUAAAUCGGUGCCGGCUCCUCUAGUCGCGGUACAUGUUCCGGCGAAUAUUCACGUUUCAAUAAAUAAAGAUAACCUGAAAGAUUACGUCGGUCCGCCCAUUUUCACCUCUGAUAGGCUCUACGAUGUCACGCCCCCAGGUGUAGCUAUGGGUCUCGCGUGGACUAGCAUGGGAGGAGCCGCUUUAUAUGUGGAGUCGAUUUUGGAUACCUCGCUGUCGCCAACGUCCCGCCCAGCUCUCGAACAGACAGGGAAUUUGAUGAAUGUCAUGAAGGAGUCGACCGUUAUCGCAUAUUCGUUUGCUAAAUCUUUGAUGGCCAAGGAGUUCACGGGGAAUAAGUUUUUUGAGCAUGCAAAAGUUCACUUGCAUUGCCCAGAGGGCGCUGUGCAGAAGGAUGGGCCGUCUGCUGGUAUCACGAUGGCAACGUCGCUGCUCUCCCUCGCUCUUGACCAUCGCCUGGAUCCUACCAUCGCUAUGACCGGCGAACUUACUGUGACAGGCAAAGUUCUCCGUAUCGGUGGCCUCCGUGAAAAGACCGUAGCCGCUCGACGAGCUGGCGCCAAAUCAAUAAUUUUUCCAGCUGAUAAUAUGUCGGAUUGGCUGGAGUUACCAGAGAACAUCAAAAAAGGCAUCGAAGGGCAUCCCGUCAAUUGGUACUCAGAAGUCUUUGACAUCGUCUUCCGCGAUCUUGACAAGGAUCAGGCGCAAAUCAAAUGGAAACCCCAACUGCAAGUGGCUCCCAGCGUCAUUAAAUCCGAUACCAACGCCAAAGAGGAGGACGAAUGA